AUGGGUUUCGCCGCCGGCUUCGCAGGCGGCGUGACGCUAACACUCUCGCUCACCUACCUCACGCUACUCACACACUCACGCAACCGGCAAGCGCAGUCGGCCGUCCUCCGAUCCCAAGCCUCCACCCUCGACCUAUUCAUCCCGCCCGACAUCGACGCGACGCUCCCGCCCGCCGCACGACGACGCAACGCCUCAGCCGUCCUGCCCGACGGCACCUAUCGGCCUCGCGCCACCCUCGAACAACACCACCAACAACAGCAGCGCGAUGGCAGCCCCGGCGCGUCCUUCCUCGAGGCCGCCAAGACGAGGUGGAACGGCGAGGUGCUGGCCGCGGUGCGCUGGGCGCAGGACAAGGACUGGGCGCGCGCCAGGGAGCGUGCUGAGGAUGGCGUGGCGGGGUUGUUUGGUGUGCGGCUCUCCCGCGAGCCGGUGCAGGUGGAGGAGGUCGUGUUUGUCCCAUCACAUGCUGCGCCGCAGGGGGGGCUGCAGCAGCAGCAGCGGGAGCAACAACAACAACAAGCUGCAACGCCCAGUGGUUGGGGUUUAGUGCGGCGCCAGCCACAGGAGGAAGCCGAGCACCACAGGUGGAGUGACGCGCUGCAUCGGGCGGGGGAUACGACGGUUGUGGUUGCGCAGGCGAUGCGGGAGGAGCGAUGGAGGUUGUGGCCGAGGCGAGGGAGGUGUGCGCCGGGUGAAGGAGCUAGGGGGGCGGUCGAGAGGGGGAGUGGUGUUGAGAGGGUUCAUGAUCUUGUGGGGAGGACAAAGGCGGCUGUCCACCUGGCCGAAGAGAGGGCUGAGGCAAAGGCAGACGCGAAGUUGCUGCAUGUCUCGGAUAUUGAAAAGGCACUGGCCGAGAGGUAUGACAGUGCGCGGCGAGAGGAGCAGCUGAAGAAGAGCGUGGAAGAGACCUUGAGGGAGAGAUAUCUCCCAGUGGAGAAAAAACAGAGCUCUCAGUGGAGGGUAUAG